AAACCGAAAGCUUGGGUUUAUCCACUUCGACUCACCCUUGGAGAAUUAUAUACGGGUUGCCAAAAACGCUUUAGCGUUACCCGCAGUCUUCUCAACGGUCGGAGCCUUGAAGGCUUCAUCGAUAUCGACGUUCAGCCGGGAUGGAAGAAAGGAACGCGGAUAACAUAUCCGGGCGCAGGUAGCGAAGUCGAGCCCGGUGGUUUCCAGGAUCUUGUUUUCGUCGUCCGUCAACUCCCCGAUGACCGAUUUGGCCGAGAAGGUGUCGGAGGAAGAGAUCUCGUCGCUCGUUUCGGUUUGAACCUGGUAGACGCUCUGGCCGGAUGUCAUCAUCUCUCGAGAAUCAAGACGAUAGAUGGAAGAGAGGUAGAAAUACAGCUUCCGAAAGGGAUGAUUAGGGAUGGUGACAGAGCUAUUCUGCCCGGGGAGGGGAUGCCCAUUAGACAAGGUGGGAAGAUCAUCGGAAAGGGAGACUUGAUCAUUGAAUGGGUCCUUAUAUAUCCCGACAAUCUGAACCUAGAGCAGAUCGCUGCCCUGCGUUCUGUUCUAUGGCAAGAGUGA